CAAUAAAAUUGUAAUAUUUGAAAUUUUGGUGUAGAAAGUGAUGUACACCCAAAUCUCUGUGCUGCUACUGCUUACCUGAAAACAUCCAGCGAUUUUCCUGAUAAUAUUUAAAAUUCGAUUGCAUCCAUUUCCACCUCUCAAUUCUUUGUGUUCACUGGCUACAAUGGAAUUUCUGUCAAAACCCAUUUUAGUUGCAGCUGUAUUGCUACUGAUUUCCAUUGUUGUAAGGCUGAUUCUAACUCAUAAACUGAGAAAGAAAAAAUAUCAUCCAAUUGCAGGCACUGUAUUUCACCAGCUCCUCAAUUUUCACCGACUACAUGAUUACAUGACUGACCUCGCUCGAAAGCAUAAAACAUACAAGCUUCUUGGGCCCUUCAGGGAUGAGGUUUAUACUUCUGACCCACCAAAUGUUGAGUAUAUGCUCAGAACCAACUUCGAGAAUUUUGGCAAGGGAUCACAUAACCACAGAAUUCUCAGAGAUCUUCUUGGCGAUGGAAUUUUCACAGUUGAUGGAGAGAAGUGGCGUGAGCAGAGAAAGAUUUCAAGCUAUGAGUUCUCUACAAAAGUUCUGAGGGAUUACAGCAGUGUCAUCUUCCGGAAAACUGCAGUUAAACUCGCUAACAUCGUGUCCGAAGCUGCUAUUUCAAAUCGAGUAAUUGAUAUUCAAGAUCUGUUUAUGAAAUCAACUCUAGAUUCAAUAUUUUAUGUUUCAUUUGGAAUUGAUCUAGAUAGCUUGCAUGGGUCAAAUGAAGAAAUUAGCAAGUUUUGCUCCGCUUUUGAAGCAUCAAGUACAAACACACUCUGGCGAUACGUCGAUGUAUCUUGGCCAAUCAAGAAGGCUCUCAAUAUUGGCUCAGAAGCUGUCUUGAAAGAAAACAUGAAAAUUGUUGAUGAGUACAUUUAUAAGCUCAUUCACAGUGCACUUGAACAGAGACAAAAGUUAGGCGACGACGCUUUGAUGAGAAGAGAAAACAUAGUGUCGAGGUUUCUGCAAGCGGAGACGACCGAUCCAAAGUAUCUAAGAGAUAUUAUUCUCAAUUUUGUUAUAGCUGGAAAGGACACAACAGCAGUUACUCUUGCUUGGUUCAUUUACAUGCUUUGCAAGCAUCCUUCAGUGCAGGAAAGGGUUGCUAGAGAGAUCGAGGAAGAGACAAAUGUUGGAGAUGUAACCGAUUUUUCCGAGUUUGCUGCAAGAUUGACGGAAGAAGCUCUAGAAAAGAUGCAGUUUCUCAUUGCAACUAUUAAUGAAACCCUUAGACUCUAUCCUGCCGUUCCAGUGGACGCAAAGAUUUGCUUUUCCGACGAUACGCUACCGGAUGGAUUCAGUGUGAGGAAAGGAGAUAUGGUGUCAUACCAGCCAUAUGCAAUGGGUAGGAUGAAAUUCGUAUGGGGUGACGAUGCCGAGGAAUUCCGACCAGAGAGAUGGCUUGAUGGAGAUGGAAAGUUCCAGCCUCAGAGCCCUUUCAAAUUUACAGCCUUUCAGGCAGGGCCACGCAUUUGUUUGGGAAAAGAGUUUGCUUACAGGCAGAUAAAAAUCUUCUCAGCUCUAUUAUUGGUGUAUUUUAAGUUCAAAAUGAGUGAUGAGAAGAAAAUUGUGGAGUAUCAACCAAUGAUCAAUCUUCUCAUCAAAGGAGGCCUUCAGGUUUGUGUCAUUCCUAGGCGUCCUAUUACCUAACUACUUCAAUUCACUAACAAAAUAAGAACUCAUGUUUGGCACCCUCCGGUUUCAAUAAUACCAAACAAGGAUUAAAGUGUUA